GCUCACACCCCUCACACUCCGCUGAACCUCACCCUGACUCCAGAGAACGCCUAUGCCAUUUGGACCACCGACCAGGUGCAAGCAGCGUUUGCGGACAGGAAUAGGACAGUCAAGUCGAAGGUGCAGGAAUGGCAGCAGGCAAGGGCCCUGCCCGUUCCAACCUACUCCACCGUCAACCUCGCCACACGCUGGCUACAGGCACGGCCACGGGCACCAGUAGGGGCAUUGCCAGAGGCAUUGCCUGGGUCAGCAGCAGGGGCGUUGGCAGGGGCAAGGGUGGCGGAGGGCAAGGGAGAGGCAGGGGAGGAGCAGGAGAGGGAGCGGGAGGGGGAGGAGUGGGCGUGGGAGCGGUUCUUGGGGCUGCCAGCAGGAGCAGCAAAGGAGGCGGAGAACCGGGCGGCGUUUGCUGCACUGCAGGCACUGGUGGGGCGAGAGGAGGCGGAGUUCCUGGCGUUUGGUGACGUGCUGCGCCCACACAACAUGGCAGCUGUGCCGCUCCGUGCGCCUCCCAGGCUUGCUCCGGAUAUCAUAGUUGCCAUUGUGCCAGCAGCAUCGACAGUCAAUCUCAAUGCCAUUGCUGCGCAUUUCGGCCUCCUUCCCAGUUCCCUCGCUCUCCCUUCCCCUUCGACUGUAAAGGCCCUCACGGGCUUCCCAAGCGAUGUGCUGCCUCCCCUGGGAUACACCCAGUCUGUCACCACUCUCAUCGAUGCCUCCCUGCUCCUCCACCUCUCGUCUCCCUCCACGCCCUGCUGCUCUUCUGCCUCCGCCCCAUUACCCUUUCCAUCCUCCGUUCCUUCAAGUGCGGAUGAACCUCAGCAGUCUCAAUUGUUGCAGCAGCAGCGGCAGCAGCAGCAGCAGCAGGAGCAGCAGGAGCAGCAGCAGGAGCAGCAGGAGCAGCAGCAGGAGCAGCAGGAGCAGCAGGAGCAGCAGGAGCAGCAGCAGGGGCAGCAGGAGCAGCAGCAGCAGCCCCAGCAGGAGGCAGUGCUGAUGAUGUCUGCAGGGGACCAAGAUCAAUGGCUGUUCAUCCGACCCCACCCCCUCCUCCAAGUCACUCAAGCCAUUCCUGUGCUCAAUCUCGCCCUCCCGUGUUCCAACGCUCUUGCCUCCUCUCCCGCUCUUGCCUCCUCUCCCGCUCCUGCCUCCUCUCCCGCUCCUUCCUCCUCUCCCGCUCCUUCCUCCUCUCCCGCUCCUGCCUCCUCUCCUUCGUCUCCCCUCUCUCCAUCACCAUCUCUUCCAACUACUCCUUUCUCUUCUCCCUCUCCUUCCUCUCCUACCUCUCCUACUUUUCCUACCUCUCCUUCCUCUCCUUCCACUCUCUCCUCUCCUGCCUCAAAUGCAUCCUCGUUUUCCAAUCUUCCUCCUACUUUCCUCCCUCUUUCACCCUCCUCAUCUUCCUCCUCUUCCUUUUCCUCUUCCCUUUCUUCAUCUCCAUUUCUUCCCUCCUCUUCCACUCCUCCCUCCUUUUCCCCCUUCUCUCCGUCCUCUUCCUCCUUGUCCACACCCAUCUUGUCAUCUCCAUCCACUUCCUCCCAUACUCCAACCCCAACCCUUCCAUUCGUCCUCCAUCCCUCCUCUCAACCCUCCCAUUCCUCCUCCCAACCUUCCCGUUCCUCCUCCUUUCUUCCAUCCUCCCUCGAACCAUCUGAAGUGUUGAUUUCUGAGGCGCCUCAGCAGUCGCAGCGGCUUACGGGGAGGGUGCCGGUGCUGCAGCAGAAGCUGAAGCUGAACGAGCCAGCUGCGUUGCUGUAG